AUGAUGGAGAGGAACAUAAUGUGGUGUGAGCCAAACAGUGGGUGGGUGAGAGUGGGCGAGCAUUCGUUCAGAGGACAAAGAGAGAGAGAGACGAGGGGAAGGGAGCCAGGCUUAUACUAUUGAUCCUCUCCUCUCCUCUGUCUGGGGGGGUGGGGGGGGGGGGGGGGCUUUCUAUCUAUAUUAAUGACGUGUCAGAUGUAUCUAGUAAUUGACCUUUUCAUAGUGAUGAGGGUUAAUUCAUUAACACUGUGUGUGGUGUAACUGUGGGUCUGGUGCUCGUCUACUGGUUGAGUUGUGCUAUGCUGCUGCUAUGCUGCUCAUUACUGUUGAGUGGAGACUGGAGAGGCUUAACGUCGUCCUUCGUACAAGUCCUGUACUCACUACUCAUAACAAGUAGCCUACUGUACUCAUAUAGGCUAUUACCAGGACAUUACUCUCGCGUUGCCAUACCUCUAAAAUCACGUCGUUGUCACGCCUCCUUAAGCCUGGUUCGCGACGAAGCUACCAGGACUAGCUCUCAUAUGAAACCAUCCUCCUCCUCCUAACCACCUUCUAACCUUGUCUGACUAAUCCUUUACUCAGAGAAGAAGAGAGGAGGAGAAGUAAAGAGUCAAACAUUCUGCCCUUACCCUCCCCUUCUUUUUUCUUCCCUCUUCAAGCAGUGGGAGAACGAGCAGCUCCACAGUCUGGAGGAGAGGGGUCGGUUGCUCCUCUCCCUGCAGUUCCUUCCCCCGCUAGACGCGGGCGAGGAGGGAGGAGGGGGGCGGAGAGGAGAGGGGUUGUGUGUCGGUGUGCAGCGCUGCGCUCACCUGGCCGCCAUGGACGUCAACGGCUUCUCAGACCCCUACGUCAAAACGUAAGCGUGUGUCUGUCUUUGUGUUUGUGUGUGUCCACGUCAAAAACUAUACAAAUCAGACAUGAGUUGUUACAUCAUGAAGGAAAGGCAUUACUGCUACGGCUAUAUCUGUACGACUUAACUCAUUUUAGUUUAUAGGCCAAACAGUUCGGACACUACAGGCGUUUUUGAUGUCUCAUGGUCUGACAAACCAGAUGCGGAAGGCUCACAUAGGCAGAUGUGAUGGAUUGAAAACCUGAUAUCUCUAGUUUAAAUUGAUAGAUUUUGGUUGGGAUUUUUUUAUUAUGUUACUUAGAUUGACGCAUGGGUACGUCAAUAGACUCUUAAAGAAAUAAGAAAUAGCAGUGAAUCUCCUGUAACGUACUACAGAAAAACCAAGGAUCACGGAGAAGAUAAUAGACUGUUAGAUGUCAUUGCAGGAAGUUGUUGUGAGACUAAGGGCUGGAUUCAAUCCGUAUCACCGAAGAUCCUCAUAAAAAUGUAAAGGUAAUUUCCGAUUGAGUCGACAUGCAGCGUUUACUGUGAAUGCAGUCUCCGCGAACGUGGGAACAUAGCCUUUAACUGUCAAUCACGCUAUAAAGUGGAUCUUCAGCACUACGGAUUGAAUAGAGCCCUAUAGUCUUGAAAAAGGCCUCGCUGCCAAAACGUCAACACUAAACAAUAAACACUGCACACUAGAGAUGACUGACAACCGACCUCGACUUUAGAAAAAAUAUAUAUUCUUAAAUAUCCGUUCUCCUUUCCAUCCUAAUAUCUUCAUUCUGGCUCUCAACGAUGUCUGACUAGAAGGAGGGGGUUAGUUUUACUUCAGCUUUAGGCAUUAUUAUUCAAGCCAAGCAGGAAUUAAGGAAGCUGGAGAUUGAGAGGAGGGUAUAAAGGACAAGUUAACAGUAUAAUAUAUCAAACGCAGCAAAGUCUUAUUGUCAAGAAAAUUGGAUAAGAUGGGUGGUGAACCAGCCCUAAUUGAGCCCAAAUGCAGACAGAAGUAAAGUGUUCAAACCAUGUGGCUGGCAGCAUUGAAAAUCAAAGAGAGAGAGAAAGAGCGAGGAAGCGAGAACGAGACAGAGAAAGAAGGUACUGGGUUUUCAGAUGAAAGGAGAGGAGAGUUUGAAUAGGUUAAAGAGUGAAGAGAGAGGAAUGAAUAUGGGUAGGAGAGAUGACCUGGGCCUAGUUCCAUUAGGAUUCCUUUCACCUUCUCCUAACUCCUUCCUUUUUGGCAUUGGUUGGUCGGGAAAUCAAUACAGUGGAAGCUUUUAUUGUCCUGUUGGAAGGCUAGCUGGAGCAUCACCAUGUUACUUGAAUCUAGACCAACUACAAUUUCCAGUUCUAUCAGAUUUGGAAGCACCAAGAGACUGAAAUUGAAUGGGGCCCAAGAAGACCAUCACUUGGUGUGGGUGGCAAGAGAGCAUCAGUGUGAUAAAGAGAAAGGAAUAGAGCAUGUUUCUCUUAAAUGUAGCAUUCAUGUUCCUCUUAAAUGUUUUCCUUGUGUCAUCUCAGUAAAAUGUUCCAAAGCAUUUAUUCCUCCCUAGGCAAAAUGGCACAGGAACAGACGAGAGCUCAGUUCACUAUCGCCCCGCCCCCGCACACACACUCUGUCACACACACAUGCAUAGACUCUGUCACACACAGAAACACACACACACACACACACACACACUGUCACCCACACUCUGUCUCUCACACAGAUCAAAGCUAAGUCUCUCACUGUGCGUGUGUGUUUUUUAUGCAAGUGACAGUGUGUGUGUACAAGUACAUGUUAGUGAGUAUUGAUGUGUGUGCGAGUGUGUUUGUGUAUUUAUGUGUGUGUGUGUAUGUGUGCUACCCACUGUUUAGGAAACAUAUCAACAUUUUAUCAGCAGUCAGUGGGAUGUCACCACAAAGGCCUGAGAGACACACCUGUGUGCAUGCAUUUGAGGGAUUGAGUGUUUGUGCGUCAAUCUAUGAUACUGUCCCUCCUACCCUCUUUUUCCCCUCUCUCACUCCCCUCCCUCCCUCCCUCCCUCCCUCUCUCUCCCCUACCCCUCUAUCUCUCACUCUUUCAGAUAUCUGAAGCCCGACACACAGAAGAAAUCCAAACACAAAACGGCUGUGAUUAAAAAGACCCUUAACCCUGAAUUCAAUGAGGUAUAUCCCUGCUGGGUCUCCAGGGGAGACUGGCACAAUCCUCUUUCUGGGGGUCAAUGUUAAUGUCAAUGCUAAUGAGAUGUCCAGUCCAAUAUCCCACACUCUCCUCAUCUGUCAUCCUCUCUCUGUCUCUCUCUCGCUCUCCCUCCUCUAGUAUACAGUAUUCAUCACCUCAUCUACCCUCUUCCCUUUUCAUAGACAAAUCUCUCUCUCUCCCUCAUUCUCUCUCUAUCAGUACUACAUCCCCUUUCCUCUGAAUUGAAUUAUAACAAUUGAUAAUAAUUUGCAAUCGUCUGAACACUUUUACAACUGACACAUCAAUGUGUUGACAAAGACUUACAGAAAGCAUAUCAGGAAGGUCCUUUGGUUGGCUCUCUCAUCUAUAUAUUUAUUUCCCCCCCUCCCUCCCUCCCUCCCUCCCUCCCUCCCUCCCUCCCUCCCUCUCUCCCUCCCUCCCUCCCUCCCUCCCUACCUCCCUCCCUCUCUGUCCCCCUCAUUCUACAGCGUGGGCAUUGAGAAGUAAUAACACCAAGCCUUUUAUUUCUAUUCACUCAGAAGUAAUGUACACUAUGAUGGGGCAUUGAUAUAAUUGCAGGGUUGUAGCUAGUCUGAAACCUAUAACUGCCUAAAUUCAACUGCAAGUGGAGACAAUAUAAGGCUGAGUUAUAGGCCCGUCUGAUGAUAGUGCUCCCGCUCAUAUCUGGUUGUUAAUGGAUGGGAUAUACUGUACUGUAUGUCUCCAGAUCACUUAUUGCUAAAGCUAUGGUCGUGACGUCACCUAUUUCUCAAUGACCUCCCAUACAUCUCCCUGUCAUGCGACCAAGGAGUAGUUGUAUCAACAUUGGAAGCGUUUUGCAUAACAAGGGACAUCAGGUUCAGUAUUCAUAAAGUUGCUUGGAGUAUAGGUAUUGGAGUAGGAGUGAUGAUCUAGGAUCAAAUUCCGUCUGUUCAUAGCUUUAGCACUGCUACUCUGAGACGCUUUGUGAAUACGGGCCCUGUUUUUGUGUGUGGUUUAGUUUUUUCCCAUUUAGAUUUACAGUACUUCUGUAAGUAAUGUCACAGCUACGAGUAGAAGUUACUCUUAGGCACAGAUCUGGGAUCAGCUUGCCCUUCACAAAUCCUAACUUUAGUUAUUACAGGGGAAACACUAAAGCUGACCAUAGAUCAGUGUCCAGUGGUAACCUCCUCCUACUCCUACUGAAUGGGCUCUCCUGUGGUUCCCUCGCACCCUACAGGAGUUCUUUUAUGAGAUCUCCAUGUCAGAGCUGUCCAAUAAGACUCUGGAGGUCACUGUCUGGGACUACGACUUGGGACGCUCCAAUGACUUCAUAGGUGAGACUUCACUUUGCACGCACGCACGCAUACACACACAGAGCGAGAGAGAUGGCGAGAGAGUCAAAUCCCGACUUCACACAUCCCUCUGCCCACAGAAGCCAAACUUUUGUGCAGAUAUUCCAUUGGGACUUUGAACUCCUGAAAGGUUCCCAUGGUGACACUGUUUGUCAUGUUUACAGGUGGAGUGUGCCUGAGCUGUCACUCACAGGGAGACCCCCUCUGCCAUUGGAUGGACUGCCUUAAGAACAAGGGACAGAGGGUGGAGCGCUGGCACAUACUGACCAAUGAGCUCCCAAGAUCCGUAUGUCAUGAGUAAGGCCACACAUCUACUGAGACACAAGGCUGAGUCCCAAUUCUUCACCCUUCUCCCAAAGUGUGCACUUGCAGACUUCCAGUCAUGGAUAUAUCAAUAGUGGAAACUCCCUCAAGGCAAUGCUUACAUCGAUCCAGUGCUUUUAAAUCCAUGAUGGGGAGUGUGCAAAUGCACACUUUGGGAGAAGUGUGGAGAAUCAGGACACAGAUCAAAUCAUCCCUCUAGCCCCCUACCACCUAGGCAUUCCUGGAGAUCUGAGAGGAUUGGAUAGUCCAGAAAUGUGGAGGGAACUCCACCUAGCUUAUCAGAAAGCAAGGGGGAAGCAAUGACCAUAUUGAUCUGGAUCCUAUCUAAACCUUUCAGAUCUACCGUAGUGCCGAGGUGGUAGAGGGUAGGGGUCGAUUUGGAACUCAGCGAACAUGCAGCAUGUCUAGGCUCUCUAGAGCCCUGUUUAUACCUGGUUCUAACGUGCUUCCCUCUUCCUGAUAUUUUCCUGAUCUUGACUGUUUACACUUAUAAGAUCUGAUCACAAUCAGAUAACAAUGCGUAUUUUAAUCGUCUGUCUAAAAAUGUGGGCACAAUCCAAAUGUGGACAGGAUCAGGACAAAGGACACAUGUUAGCACCAGGUAUAAAUGGGGAUGACUUGCCACAGGAUAGGAUGCACUACCGGUAUGUUUCUAUGUGUAUAAGGGUGAUUCAAACCAACACACCAUAACACACCAUUGAGAUGACACAUGCUGAAUACAAGUCAUAUACAGUGGGGAAAAAAUGUAUUUAGUCAGCCACCAAUUGUGCAAGUUCUCCCACUUAAAAAGAUGAGAGAGGCCUGUAAUUUUCAUCAUAGGUACACGUCAACUAUGACAGACAAAAUGAGAAAAAAAAUCCAGAAAAUCACAUUGUAGGAUUUUUAAUGAAUUUAUUUGCAAAUUAUGGUGGAAAAUAAGUAUUUGGUCAAUAACAAAAGUUUCUCAAUACUUUGUUAUAUACCCUUUGUUGGCAAUGACACAGGUCAAACGUUUUCUGUAAGUCUUCACAAGGUUUUCACACACUGUUGCUGGUAUUUUGGCCCAUUCCUCCAUGCAGAUCUCCUCUAGAGCAGUGAUGUUUUGGGGCUGUCACUGGGCAACACGGACUUUCAACUCCCUCCAAAGAUUUCUGGCUCUCACAGACCUGUAACUUCUUCUUUAAGAGGCUCCUCUGUCCUCCACUCGUUACCUGCAUUAAUGGCACCUGUUUGAACUUGUUAUCAGUAUAAAAGACACCUGUCCACAACCUCAAACAGUCACACUCCAAACUCCACUAUGGCCAAGACCAAAGAGCUGUCAAAGGACACCAGAAACAAAAUUGUAGACCUGCACCAGGCUGGGAUAAUAGGUAAGCAGCUUGGUUUGAAGAAAUCAACUGUGGGAGCAAUUAUUAGGAAAUGGAAGACAUACAAGACCACUGAUAAUCUCCCUCGAUCUGGGGCUCCACGCAAGAUCUCACCCCGUGGGGUCAAAAUGAUCACAAGAAUGGUGAGCAAAAAUCACAGAACCACACGGGGGGACCUAGUGAAUGACCUGCAGAGAGCUGGGACCAAAGUAACAAAGCCUACCAUCAGUAACACACUACGCCGCCAGGGACUCAAAUCCUGCAGUGCCAGACGUGUCCCCCUGCUUAAGCCAGUACAUGUCCAGGCCCGUCUGAAGUUUGCUAGAGUGCAUUUGGAUGAUCCAGAAGAGGAUUGAGAGAAUGUCAUAUGGUCAGAUGAAACCAACAUAGAACGUUUUGGUAAAAACUCAACUCGUCGUGUUUGGAGGACAAAGAAUGCUGAGUUGCAUCCAAAUAACACCAUACCUACUGUGAAGCAUGGGGGGGGAAACAUCAUGCUUUGGGGCUGUUUUUCUGCAAAGGGACCAGGACGACUGAUCCGUGUAAAGGGAAGAAUGAAUGGGGCCAUGUAUUGUGAGAUUUUGAGUGAAAACCUCCUUCCAUCAGCAAGGGCAUUGAAGAUGAAAUGUGGCUGGGUCUUUCAGCAUGACAAUGAUCCCAAACACACCGCCCGGGCAACGAAGGAGUGGCUUCGUAAGAAGCAUUUCAAGGUCCUGGAGUGGCCUAGCCAGUCUCCAGAUCUCAACCCCAUAGAAAAUCUUUGGAGGGAGUUGAAAGUCCGUGUUGCCCAGCGACAGCCCCAAAACAUCACUGCUCUAGAGGAGAUCUGCAUGGAGGAAUGGGCCAAAAUACCAGCAACAGUGUGUGAAAACCUUGUGAAGACUUACAGAAAACGUUUGACCUGUGUCAUUGCCAACAAAGGGUAUAUAACAAAGUAUUGAGAAACUUUUGUUAUUGACCAAAUACUUAUUUUCCACCAUAAUUUGCAAAUAAAUUCAUUAAAAAUCCUACAAUGUGAUUUUCUGGAUUUAUUUUUCUCAUUUUGUCUGUCAUAGUUGACGUGUACCUAUGAUGAAAAUUACAGGCCUCUCUCAUCUUUUUAAGUGGGAGAACUUGCACAAUUGGUGGCUGACUAAAUACUUUUUUCCCCACUGUACAAUACAAGGCCUGGAUGUUAUUAAGCACAUCUCCAUUAUGCUAUGGAAUAGACUAGUGAUGGUGUAGAUGGUCCCUUCAAGUUAGAUCAGGGUUUCUUUGAUUAUUGGAAUCAGCUGAGUAGUGCUAGGGCAAAAACCAAAAUGUGCACCCCUAGGACCGAGUUUGGGAAACGCUGAGUUAGAUGGAGACGUUUGUCAGUGGGAUGGGGAAUGUGGUUCUUGUUGCCUUAUGGCCUCUUGUCACAACUCAACAUCAUACCUCUGAUUUUAUCUGAUUUCAUCUGCACGUUUUAGUCUACGGGCUCUUUUACUUCUCUUGUUCAGCUGAUUUGAUUGAUUUCCAUGUCUUUCAUGGUUAUUUUAAUAACAAAUUGAGAUCUAUGUUGGUAAUAAUAUGCCUAUGCUACACCAAUACCGGCACACAAAUAUCUAACAUCAGAUAUCCUGUUUGUAUUGUUGUCAUUUGAACCCAAAUGGAACCCUAUUCCCUAUGUAAUGCACUACUUUUGACCAAAGCCCUAUGGGCCUUGGUCAAAAGUAGUGCACUACAUAGGGAAUAGGGUUCCAUUUGGGACAAACACAUUCACUGCAUCCCAAACAUGACAUACACUGAUAAUAUUUUGAAUACAGAAGUUCUUCCAUGUUGUUGCAUGAUGCAAUACAGUAUUGACAAAAAAAAGUUGUCCCCUCCCUAAUAUAACUAUCCCCUGCCCCAAAAAAGUAUUUGAUUAAAAAAAGUAUAAUUAUUAUUACUUUAUUUAUUAUUGAGGUGAUUUCCCUGUAUUGUUAUGUUUGUUUUCUGUCAUGUUUCUUAUAUUUGUCUCUUAAUGCACGACUGAAUGUGUGAAUGUGGGUUUUUACUGACGUUUCAAUGGCUAUAUACGAUUAUCUUGUUGUGCUUUUAACAAUUGUUGUUCUUACAUUUAUAUCAGGUGUUUUGUGUACAAUAUGAAAAUACAUUUGGAAUGCACUACUGUAUAAGUCUGACUUGGUUUCUAUUUUGUGAGACGGCUUGGCUGAGGGUAAUCCAGUACUCACUCAGUGCUACUGAACAGUAAAAUAGCUCACUACCCCCUGGUGGUUCAAUGAAUACAUUACACGUUUUCACAUAUUAGUAAUUUAGCUAACCCUCUGACCAUGUUCAACGGUCCUUGCUAUCCUGCAUCCUUGGGACGUCCCAACUCUGACGUUACCUUAUUGAAGUUUAACUUUACAAUGCUUCCGAUUAGGUAAGGGUUAAAGUUAGGGUUAGGGACAUCCCAAAGAUCCCGGAUAGCACUAACCAAUUUUCAACUCCCCAGAAGUUUCAAGCAAGAAUCAAUAAGACGCUUUUUUUUUUAUGUGACAAACUUUUAAAUUAAAGGCAACAUGAAUACAACAACACACAUUUUAAAAGAAUCCCAUUUACUGUACAUAAGGCUCUGAACUAUCAGCGCCACAGUAACUCUUGAAGUCUGAGCACUUGCUAUGAGAGACAUUUAUAUUACAUUUUAGUCAUUUAGCAGACGCUCUUAUCCAGAGCGACUUACAGUUAGUGAGUGCAUACAUCAUUUUUUAUACUGGCCCCCCAUGGGAAUCGAACCCACAACCCUGGCGUUGCAAACGCCAUGCUCUACCAACUGAGCUACAUCCCUGCCGGUCAUUCCCUCCCCUACCCUGGACGACGCUGAGCCAAUUGUGCGCCGCCCUAUGGGUCUCCCGGUCGCGGCCGGCUACGACAGAGCCUGGAUUCUAACCAGGAUCUCUAGUGGCACAGCUAGCACUGCAAUGCAGUGCCUUAGACCACUGCGCCACUCGGGAGACAUAACGAGAGACCAUGAUGAGACUCUAAUGAAGGCAUCCUAAGCCGGUUUGUGUCUCCCUAAAUAAAAUGAUCAGAUCAGUGCAGACACGGGGCUCUCCUUUUCCUUUAAUUUUACUGGAGAGUCACCUUAUGAAGUAUCCUGGGGUAAGGAAUGCGUUUUUGAACUCCUAAACCACAUGAGUAAAACUCCAGUCCUUAGAUUCAGCACUGCAGUGUCUGUUGGUAUUGAUUCCUCCCUUUUAAUUAAUUAAUCAGUGUUUCUUAAUGGACAAGUUCAAAAAGUUUCACUUCCUUUCCGUUUUCUUCAGUUUCAUGCCAAGUGAACACGACCCCGUUUUUUUCUUGCAGGUCUAGAUCCUUAAAACUUUUUUUUUUAAAGACCGAAAACAAGCAGACACUGACUGCGGCUCUAAAGGAAUUGUGUUUGACACCAGUGUCUUCAACCCAUGGUUCAUCCUCUGCAGUCUCUAAGGUCAGCAGGCUCCAUCCCCUGAGUUACAAGCAGGAAGUGGAUCAAUACUACAAUACGGCAAAAGUCAAUAACCUCCCUGUAACAGACUGGGCCCCGCUGCCCUUUGGACGGGCUGGUGCACAAACAUACAUGCACUGCACGCAUACAGUAAAAUAAAACACACACGCACAGUAAAAAUAAAUACGUCUACACACAUUUGCUGCUUGCUUAAGGUAGUCCAUCACAUCUGAUGAUGACUUCAACUACUGCUUGUGGGUUCACUGAUGACUGUAUAAUCAGAUCCGGGAUGCACACUGUCUGCCACAGACAGAGCACACUUUGGCCUGUCCCGUUGAAACCGGUGCAGCUAUGGUCAUACACACCCCUCCAUAUGUAUUUGGACAGUGAAGCUAAAAAAUGUCUCUAUACUCAUUUUGGAUUUGAGAUUUUUAUUCUUAUCUGUUUUACCGUUUAGAAAUUAAACAUUUUUUGUGGAUUCCAAUUGUGUUUCAAUGCGGCAACUCCCCAACGGGCUCGGGAGAGGUGAGGAUUGGACAAACACGCAGCUUCUCAUACACACCCGGAAGUCAGCUGGACCAAUGUGUUGGAGGGGACACCGUUCGACUGAUGACCCUAGUCAGCUUGCAGGCGCCCAGUCCACCACAAGAAGACGCUACAGCAAGUUAAGACAAGGAAUCCCCUGCCAACCCUACCCUCCCCUAACCCGGACAGUGCUAGGCCAAUUGUGCACCGCCCUUGGAAUUCCUGCUCACGGCAGGCUGUAGUGACGCCCUUCUGCACUUCGGGUGAAGUGCCUUAGCAGGAUGCGCCACUCGGGAGCUCCGUUGCAAAGUACAACUUAUAAAGGCUUUAUAUAGCACUACUUAAACGCUUUACAAAUCAUAAGCAUAUGUCAUAAUCUAUAAAUGGUGUAUGAACUUACAUUUGGCAAUACACCCUACAGUGGGAAUUGUUAUGUCACCCGUUAUACACCAUUUAUAGCGUAGGACAUACGCUUAUAGAUUAUUUGUGAAGCAUUUAUAUAGUGCUUAUAAAGUCUUUAUGUAUGCUAUAAAAAGCCUUUAUAGGUUGUACAGCCAUCAUCCAAUGUCUGACACAUGAGUCCUGAUGUGUUUGGCCAGCUUAGCCUCCUCACUGAAAGCCUUGCCACACAAGCUUCAGGUGUGGGCCCCGCCUCCGGCAGGCUGCAUUCCAUUAUGAACGCGCUGGUGCUUCCUACACGUGUAGGCGUCCUUGAAGCUCAUGCCGCAGACAGGGCAGCCAUACAGCCGCAGCUCCGUGUGAACGCGUCGGUGGUUCCUCAGUGUGCCAUCGUUGUUGAAUCGCUUGCCACACAGUGCACAAACGUAUGGCUUCUCCCCUGUGUGAAUGCGGAGGUGGAUCUUGAGACGUGAGACGUGACUGAAUAUCUUACCACACUGAGGGCACGGGUGGGACCUCUGAUCCCCCCUGUUGUUUGUUUGUUGUUGACCCCUGUUGUUUGUGGACCUGUUUAAUUGUUGAUGACCCCUAUUUGUUGAUCUAUUUGUUUGUGGUUGACGUCUGAUUUGACCCGGGUAGAACAGGGAUAUCAAGGGACCUACGGUACCGGUGGUGGUGGCGUCUCCAAAGUCUAGUUCUGUCCCUGUUGUUACACAACCAUCGCUGCCAAUCUGACGGAAAAAGCCGUCUGGUAUCAUGGCAGCACUAGCUGAUACCAGGUCAGUGGGGACGCCCGAGGCAGUGGAGGCACCAUAUCGUCUGCUCUCUGCAACCACUGACUCCAAGUCAGCACUCAGGUCUGAGACAGUGUAUCUGGUUUCAACAGUGGCUGGUCCAGGGUCCGAACUGGGGUUUAGUUCACCAUACCCCAUCUGAGCAGAUACUGACCCCAAGUCAGUAGGGCUAGCUUCACUAGGCUCUGUUUUGAUGCCCUCAGAGUUAUAGUGUAAAACCACUCUGUCCACGGGGCAUGAUGUGCUGCUCAAGGGAUUUGCAGAGGGAAGGAGAUGCUGGUCGUCUUCUUCGUCCAAGUCCCUUUUCACAGACGCUGAAGUCAAUGGAGCUACUACUGGGGUGGUAGCUGAUGUAUCGGUCUGUUGCAAGGACAGGGUACGUGGAGAGCUACACAGACUCUUCCACUCGGUGCAGUCUGUGGGUAGCUGGCUAUGUGUGGCAGGCAUCUCAUCUUGGCUCAUUACCAUGUGGUUCUGGGUCUGUGUAGACUCAGGGUCUGGACUCUGGUCGGAGCUCCACUGGUGCUGCCCAGACACAGAGAGAGAAACAGGCCUGGUCGAGACUGGAUGGACAGACAGACCGUCAAACAGACAGAAAAUAGAGAGAAAUCAGCUUGAUUAAGUUCAAACAACUACACAAGCAACGACCCAGACAUUAGUUUUCAAGCAUUCUGUAGGAUGAGAUUGUUUGGGUAAUGUGGUUAUCUACUGGGCUUGAGCCUGUCCAAAUGCCCCAUAUCAUAAUCUUCUAGAAAAACCUGCGUCUCCUCCCCUUUAUCUACACUGAGUGAAAGACUUGACAGGUGAAAACAGUAUGGGGAGCAGAGAUCAUCUGGCUUUCACUUGGUCUUUUUUUUUUUUUUCCCAGAUGAGUGCAAAUAAAGGAGAGAUGAGGAGAGGUUACAUUUUUCAGACAAUAGACAAAGAGCCAUUAGCAUUAUCACCUGCUGAACACUCCGUUCCCGUGUCGAGUCCAACUUCUCGUAGCCUUCGUUUUAAGAGUUCAUUCUCUCUCUUCGUCCGGGCAGUCUCCUCCUCGAAUUCUGACACUGUCCCCCCGACCACCUCCAGUAUCUCAUCUACAGCCACCAUUAACCGCUCGGUGAGGUAA